UCAACGUAAACAUGGCAGGACUCAUGUCUCGAAACCUUUUACCAAUUAUUCAUCAUUUUGGUACAUCUAGGUUACUCCAGACCCAGAGAUCACCUUUUCUGAGGGAAGCAAGAUGUUGGAGUAGUGAAUUAGCCACAGCAGUCAAGAUCACAGCCCCACGUACCUCUGUCAGUCAGCCAGGUCUUCACACUGAAGAUCAUCUGGGUUUGUGGUACACUUUGGAGCCAGAUGUGGUGAAGCGACUUUUUGGGUUAGGUGGAAUUCCUAAGUCAUACUUAUUGCAGUGUAAGACAUUUGCAGAGACCUGCCUCAUGAUAAGAAAACCAGCGCUUACUGUGAUAGAUUACAUCAAGAGGUCCAACCUUAAACUACCACCAAACAAGAUAAUGCUUUAUGGUGAAGAUGGUACUGGAAAAUCUUUGUCACUGGUGCACAUUGCCCAGUUCUUGUCUGAGGAUGGAUGGCUGCUAGUUCAUGUUCCCUGGGCUACCCAAUGGAGAAGAAAUUUCAAAGAGAUUGCUCCAUCAGCAUCAGUCCCAGGCCACUAUGAUCACCCUCUUGAUUCUGUCAUCUGGCUCCAGCACUUCAGAUCUCAAAACUUGGAACUACUGAAGACCUUGCAGCUUGAGACAAGUGAGCAAUAUGAAUGGUCUCGUCGAGACAUAACAGAGGCAGGGGUCCCUCUAAUGUCCUUGGUGGAGCAGGGAAUAUCUCGGGCUAGGUACGCCUCUGAUUGCAUCAAGGCUCUCACCAACGAGCUCAAGAAGCACGCAACAGCAGGAAGAUGUAAAGUUGCACUUGUGGCAGACGGCAUCAACACAUUCUUCUGCUCCAAGUCCCGGUACCGUCUGGAGGACCUCUCUUACUUGGAGCCACAAAAGUUCACCAUCUAUCAAGCAUUUAUGAAUAUGUUGAACAAUGACUGGAAUAAUGGCAUUGUAGUUGGGAGUGUUGACAGACUCGCUAAUGAUGGUCAAAGGCGCGACUCUUACUUACCAAGAUAUGUCCUGAGACAGAUGGGAUGGGAAGCACUAGAUCCUUUUAUUCCUAUUCUUGUAUCCAAUUACAAUGAGCUGGAGAUGCAGAGUAUCAUUGAUUAUUAUGUUGACCGUCACUGGCUGCAGAACCCAGAAGGACAUUCAGAAAUAGGACGACGUGAACUGGUUUCCCUGAGUGGUUGUAACCCAUAUAUGUUGAUGAAUGUGACUAAGUCUCUUUAACUAGGAAUUGUUAUUGUAAAAAGUAAUGUGUACAGCUGUAUAAUAAAAUAUAGAAACUUAUAAUCAA